AAUUAAAYCAUAUUUUUAGGAGAACAAUUGAUAUUUGGUGGAAUCAUUAACUCAUUCAUUCAUACAGUAAUGUACAGCUACUACUUUUUGUCAGCUUUGGGCCCGCAUAUGCAAAAAUACUUGUGGUGGAAAAAAUAUUUGACUCGUAUGCAAAUCAUUCAAUUCCUAUCGAUCAUGGCGUAUAAUGCUGGCCUUUACACAUUUAACUGCAAUUUUCCGAGGUUAUUUAUGCUGUACGUGAUUGCCGAUGUUACAUUAUUUUUGUACUUAUUUUUAAUGUUCUAUAAAAGAACGUACGAACAAAAGCUUAAACCGAAAGUACACAUAAAUUGAACGAACAAGAUAAAAUGCCUACUUUAUCAUUGUUCGCGAAAAUGUGAUUUUAUAUAUUUUUUUAUGUUGUCAGAUUUUGUUUUUUCCUAGAAUAAGUAUAAUUAAUAAGGUUGCUU